AUAUAUAUUGUUUGAAGGAUAUAUAUGCAUGCUAUAAGAAUUUCAAUUUCAGGAGUGAAUGGUAUACAUCUGCAACACUACAGAAUUUCUGAUAUGAAUUUUAUAUAUUUAAUAUCGAUAUUCUUUAUCUUGCUCUGUGAAAUCAAUUGUAUAAAUUUCUACCCGUUAUGUCCAACUCGUUCAGUGGAUAGAUAUUGUGCUUUGAAAGAUAAAAAACCAGUUGCAGAAUGCGCUGCUCAGUAUAAAUUGUCAAGAGGUUUUGAAAUUCUGGAAAAUUGUUUCAAAGCGAUAGAUGAAAGAGGAAAAAACAUGACAAUAGACCAAAUUAUUGAAGAAGUGUGUAAUCUCGAAGCUGAUGAAUUCAAUGCAGUUUCUAAUUGUGUACAAAGUGGACUUCUCAUAAGCUACAAGAAGGACGGAAAAGUUCUUGAUUUUUAUAAUAGUUGUCUUCUUUUCAUCGAAAGAAAAGAAAAUAAGGUCUGCUCUAUGUUUUAUUCCCAUAUCUAUGGAGAUGUUUUAAGAUUGUAAGCCAAAAAGCAUUCGAGAGUUUCAAUUGUUGAGAAUUAUAAAAAGUGACAUCUCUUUAGGUCUUCGUUCUAAUAUUAGAUAUAUUAAUGGAUAUAUUGUAAAACUAUUUUUUAAUAAUUUUUCAAUUUUGUACUAUUAAUACUUUCUCAUAAAGCAAAAAUAUAUCUUUUAUUACAAAUUUUUUUACUCGGAUAUUGUUAAAUUAUUGCAAUUAUAUUAAACUAUUACGGAAAAGUAGGACAUUGGCGCCCCCUGAGUAAUACGUACUAACACCCUCAAUUACUAAUUUGUUAUGUGCAUCAGAAAUCUUGUAACUUUUCCAGUACGUAGCAGUUACAAUUAUAAAAAUGUGCAGCUGAAGCCAUUAGGCUGUCUUUCUACGUUCUGUCAGAUAUUUCAUAAAUUUAAAGUUAUUUGUUUAUUUUUAUUUAUUUAUUUAUUUAGGAAUGUUUAUUAUUUUUCCUUACGGGGAUCAGAGUACUUCUUUGCACCACUAAAGCAUUAUAGGGAGCUUCAUUGAUUAAAAGCAGUAAAAAAUACAUAAACUCACUAAGUUAAUUACAUGAAAAAUGUAAUAACAUUUAAAAAAAUAAAACAUUCAGCUAUUUUCCUGAAUUGUAGUUUUGUGACGGAAGUAAACUACCACCACGAAACUGCUGGAAGGUGUCUUUUAAGGAUGGUGUUAUAAAAGCUGUUUGUUGGGUUUAAAUUUUAAUCCGUGCGCUUUAAAAUUCGAUAACAAUUCACAAACAUAUUGGAAAUAUUCAAUAUAUAAUUUUAGAGAUAAUA